GAGUAGUUACGACACCUGACUUUUAAAGGGUCCGGGGCAGGGAGCUAGGGUUGAAGUUGAGCCAGGCAGGCGCAGCGUGGGAGGGGGUUUUGUUGGGUUCGUUGUUAUCAGAGAUGGCAAAAUUCAACGUGGUUCAGAAGCAAAGGAGAGCUGCAAUUGCAGAGCGGAAGAGGGCAGUACAGGGGGACCCGCUAACAAAAAAGCUGAAGCACAAACAUCCACCGCUUUCCAUCUCAGGCAAGCGGAAGCGCAAACUUUUCAAGAAAUGGCGCAGGGACCAAAAGGCGGCUGCAGCAGCUCUGACCACCGCUAUGCAGGAUGUCGAGAUGUUGGCUGUUGCUCAUAAUGAUGAUAAUGGUUCUGGUGGAACUUCCCAAGAUGAUGCCAACAAGCAGGCGGCUCCUAAGAAGUUUCACUUUCACAUGAAGAAGAGUCCAAAGUAUAAAGCAGGGCGCUUCAAGAAAAGAGAUAGGAACAGAAAAUCUGAUAAACGAGCAGCUCAAGCCUCAAAGGAUGCCAUGGAGGAGUAACCAUUUCUUAGAUCUUUGCAGAACACCGGUAGAUCAGAGACUAGAAAAUAGAUUCCUUUCCCGCUUUAGUUUUAUUCAACAUUUUAUGUCUUCACCUGCAGAUCAUCUGUUGAUAUCGAGUGUGUUGGGAUAGAGUAUUAUUUAGAAUAAUUAUUGUAAUACUUUUUGUGAUGUGAUGUAUGUGAGAUAAAAAGUAAUUAAAAAUAUAAAAAAGUGAAUUUAGAAA